UUAUUGUUUAGCUGCCGGCAUUUUGAUUCAAAAUGUCUUCGGAUGCUCAGAAUUAUUCCGGAGAUGAAGGGGAAGAGUAUAACAAUCCUUACAGAAAAAAUCCACCACGGGUUAGGAAGAAAAACCGAUACUAUAGUGAUGAUUAUUAUGAGCCUCCAACGAACUACAAACCCCGGUUACUGCAUUCCCCAAGACCCUCCGUACAAGCAGAAGAAAUAACGCCGAAAGUGAGGAAGCCUGCUAAACUGCAUAAAUCAAUGAUUGGGCAUAUGCCCUGGCGUACACAAAUGCAUCAUCCUGAAAGACGAAUGGCACAGACAAAUGCUGUACGCUUGCGAAACGUUCUAAAGCUGCCCAAAGCUCAUAAAUGGGUGUUUUACGAGUGGUUUUACUCCAAUUUAGACAGACCUUUAUUACUAGGUGAAAAUGAUUUUCGCAUUUGUCUACGUGAAAGCUUCCCAAACGUUAAAACUCGCCGUUUAUCGCGUGCUCAUUGGUCGUUAUUGCGUCGGUUGAUGGGGAAGCCACGGCGUUGCUCCACAGCAUUCUUCGAUGAAGAACGUCGUUCUCUUAAUGAAAAGCGAGAAAAAAUCCGCACAUUGCAGGCUACUCGCUCAGUGCAACUAGAGUUUUUAAGAGACCUCCCGGACGAUAUGCAUGUCCCAAUGCCGUUAAUAAUAGGGACCAAAAUUACAGCCAGAGUUCGUUAUCCAACAGAUGGUUUAUACACUGGAAAAGUUGAUGCAAUCGAUGCACUCAGACAUUGCUAUCGUGUCACUUUCGACAAGCCUGCUCUCGGUACUCGAUCAAUACCUGACUAUGAAGUCUUGAGUAUUUUACCUCAAGAAACUAUACCUCUGUCUGCAUACAAAACUCAACACAAAGCAAGCCGUAAUCUCUUUAUGAGUCCUGCUCGACUUUUGGCACAAUCUGCUUUACAGGGUAAACGUCAUCAUAUGCAUCAUCAUAAAUUUGGACAUGGAUUAGGACAAGCCGGUGGUGGUGGCGGUGGUGGUCUUGGUGUUGGAUCGUCCGGUGAUUUAACUGUACAUGACUGUCCAUUAUGUCAAUCGGAAGCUGCAGCUGCUGCUAGUGGUGGUGGUGGCGGUGUGAGUAAUUCAUCGGCAAGGACUCCAGGUUUCAUGUCAACCAUUAAUAAUAAUAAUAACAAUAAUAAUAAUACUAAUAAUAAUAAUAAUCUAUUAUCAACUCCAUUAAAAUUGCCUGCAAUCAGUAGUGGUGAUGUUGCUGCAUCAAUGGGAAGUGCUGCGUUAUCAUUGAAUGAAUCAUCAUCCGGUGGUCGAUUAUUACUUAAUGAAGCUGAUAUAUAUGGAGGUUAUCCAAUGAAAUUCUUAGUCAUGGUGACAAAAUUAUCGAAAAUUUUAGAAGUUAAAAAACGAUGUGUCGAUGAAUUACAAGAUUUAAAUGAUGAAGCUGAACGAAAGAUUUCUAAUAAAGCUGAAUUAUCAUUAGAAUUUCAACAUACCUAUCUUACAUUGAUUAUGCAUUUAGAACGAUUAAACAAAGAAUUAAGUCAAUAUUUAAUUCAUGUACUACAAUAUGCCAAUGAAAUUGCUCAAGAACAUGGUGUAGCACCAUUAGAACAAGCAGCUGAUUUUAAACAACGUUGUGAUGAAGAUGCCUACGAAAUUGUUACACGAAUAAAGAGCAUGCAGGCUCAAAAAUUUCGUAAUUUAAAAACAGUUGAUUUAAUUACAAAAUUAAUAAGUUUACUUGUACAAAUUCGUUCAUUAAGUGAACAUGAUGAAUCAACAUAUGAUUGUUCUAGUAUACAAGAAUCAUUACAUGAAUUAAAAUCAAGUAUACAUUCUAGCAAUAUACAUGUAUUUGAAAAUAGCGUAGAAAUCUCCAUACAUCAUACAUUAAGCGGUUUGUGUACAUUGAGCAAUUUAAAUUCAUUUUUGUAUACACAUCCAAAUCAUUUUCAUUAUUUAUAAAUAUUGAUUAUAAUUGUAAUUGUAAUUGUAAUUAAUGAAUAAUUAUUAUUAUUAUUAUUAUUUUUGUCAAUUAACUAACUAUACCAACUAAUUAUCAGUAGUAUCAACUAUGUAUGUAUGUAUGUAUUGUGUGAAAUAUUUCGGUCAAUAAUUAUUACCUUUUAUUUCUAAUUGCCUGCUACCCCCCCUUGGGGGUCGCCUUGAUUCUUGACUUGGUCACUUUUAUUUCUUAUAUCAAGUGAAUGGUGUAUACAUUUAUAUAUUGUGCACAAGAAUACAUUGUAUCUAGUCUUUGA